AUGUUUUUUCGGGAGGCGAGUUCAAAGUUUCCCAAUGAUCCCGAUAAUAAUGAACUAGACAUUCUUGCCGUACAUUUUAGCAACGAAAUAGCUGUGCAAAUCCGUUUUAAUGGAGAAUUAGAUUCAACAUACGAGAUAUCUGUAAAAGGCCUCAACGGUAUAGGAAAGAGAUUUCUUGCUGGUCAUAGCAUCAUGGGCGAUGAUGAUGAAGAUGAUAUUUCGUUUGUGGGUGAUAUGGCUAACUACCAAAUAGCUACAAAACUAGGCAAUAGUAACGAUACAAAACUACAUGUUGUGUGCACACAGAUAGCAGAAUUAUAUCACCAAAUAAUACUUCCAAGGAAUGUUGAUGGAAUGGGAGCAUCUAAUGAAGAUGGAAUUACGUCACGUAAAAUAUUAGUGACAUUAAGUAGUAAGAUUUGGAGAGACAAUAAUAUAGGCAAAGAUUUUGAUAAACUUAUUUAUAUUUUACAAAACAUAAAAAAAAUGUAUAAUAUAUGA